CGCCAUUAUCUGUGGGGCGGCCCCUUGGUUACGGGCCCUGUGACAAGGCUGCGCCGGGCUGAGCCGCGCUGUGCAUCUUCCGUACCGUCGGCUCCCCUUUGAUGGAUCCUCGCAUCGCCUGGUUCCAGCCAGAACAGCUCGGACCCGCCAACGUCCUGUGGAUGCAAAUCUGGGAGACGACGCAAGGCUUGAGGAAUCUUUUCUUUAAUAAUAACAACUGUGUGGCGGCGGCGGCAGCGGCCACGGACACCAUGUUGAGGGAGCGCGGCGGCCAGGGCCAGGGCCAGGGUGCGGGCGACUUCGGCCCACAGGGAGACUUCCUACCGCUCGAAGCGGGCGCCGACAACUGCCCUGCCGCCCCAGCGGGCUGGAGGAAAGGCCAGGCCGAGCACAGCAACCGCAACAAGAGGAAGCGGGACAACAAGGCCAGCACCUUCGGCUUGAACUACAGCCUGGUGUCGAGCGGCCCCUACAGCGGGACCCCCUGGAAGAACCGCAACUACAGGGAGGGAGUGCUGGGACUUCACGAAGAAAUUAUUGACUUCUAUAACUACAUGUCACCAAGAUCAGAGGAAGCUAAAAUGCGGAUGGAAGUUGUUGAAAGGAUAGAAAAUGUCAUUAAAGAACUAUGGCCCAGUGCAGAGGUGCAGAUAUUUGGAAGUUUUAGCACAGGCCUAUACUUGCCAACAAGUGAUAUUGACUUAGUGGUAUUUGGGAAAUGGGAGAUUUUACCACUGUGGACUUUGGAAGAAGCACUUAGGAAACACAGUGUAGCUGAUGAGAGUUCUGUGAAAGUAUUGGAUAAAGCAACUGUACCGAUAAUCAAACUCAUGGAUUCUUACACUGAAGUAAAAGUGGAUAUCAGCUUCAAUGUACAAAACGGAGUAAAGGCUGCUCAGCUAAUCCGUGAAUUUAUCAAGAAGUUUCCUGUGCUGCCAUGCCUGGUUCUGGUGCUAAAGCAAUUCUUGCUGCAGAGAGAUCUAAACGAAGUAUUCACAGGCGGGAUUGGUUCCUACAGUCUAUUCCUAAUGGCUGUUAGUUUUCUGCAGUUACAUACUCGAGAUGUCUGCAGCUGUGAUGAGAAUCUUGGAGUGCUUCUAAUUGAAUUUUUUGAACUGUAUGGAAGGCAUUUUAAUUACCUAAAGACUGGUAUUCGGAUAAAUGAUGGUGGCUCAUAUGUUGCGAAAGACGAAGUACAAAAAAACAUGACUGAUGGAUACAGGCCGUCGAUGUUGUAUAUUGAAGAUCCACUUCAGCAAGGGAAUGAUGUUGGUAGAAGUUCAUACGGUGCCAUGCAGGUAAAGCAAGCCUUUGAUUAUGCCUACGUUGUUCUGAGUCAUGCAGUGUCUCCUAUUGCAAAGUUUUAUCCAAACAAAGAUUCUGAGAGUAUAUUGGGUCGCAUACUCCGGGUCACCCAGGAAGUUGCUGACUAUAGAACCUGGAUACAGGAGCAUUGGGGAUCACAGAACAGUGGUGAUUCUUCAUUAAACGGCAAUGACGUAACCUUGCUAGUCGGCCCACAACUGGAUAAGUGCAACAACAAUGUUUCAGAAGAAUGCGCAGUAAUAAGCCAGCCCAAAAGUAGGACCUCUGAAACGUGUCUUAGUAAACACUCUUCAAACUCUUCAUCUGGCCCCUUAUCCUCUGCAUCUUCUACCUUGUCCAGUUCAAGUGAUGUUGAUUCUGAUGGAACACCCAGCAAAACCUCCAAGCAGUCUGGCAGCCACCAGUCCAAUGCUAACAGAUCAGUGCCACAAGAGUCAACAGUAGAAUCAUCCUCUUUGCCAAGUUCGAAAAUGCAACACAACCCAUCGAGCAAUUCAACAAGCACCAAUACUAAAGACCAGCUCAAUGCAGCAAGACUUUUCCGUUCAUCCAUCAAAGGCUUCCAAGGACAACAGAACUCCAGCCAAGUUGGAAGUGUAUCAAACAAACAGACUUCGGUCAACAAACCACAUCAACAAUCAUUUCCAAGCAAAAAAAAGAAGCCCAAACGAGAUUCCGCCUCGGCAGACCUGUGUCGGUAGUCUGUUUGUUGACUUGGUUACGGCAAACUCCUGCAGCGAUCUCAUCGGCCACGCGAGAUGGGCAGCGCUAGAUGGGAUGUGCUCAGGCUUUCCCAUGAGUAUGGAUUUAGAUGAUUUUUUUGUUUUCCUCCAGAUUGCUGUAAAAUGAUCAUGGGCUACAGUGGUUGUCACAGACAUUGCUUCCCUACUUAGAUGGGUCAUAAGCUACAGCGGAGCAGAACUCUGACGAAGAUGGAAUCGUUGCACAAAAAUUCCCCUCUCCGGGCUUAAGAUGUAAUGGGAUGUUGACGCGAGAAGAGAGAGGAUCGUAAAAUUAUUGAAAAAAAAAGAUUUCUGUUGCUUCCUUUGCAAGGAAAAUUGAAAUGUUACGAGAAAUGUAUACAUUGUGCACGAUUUUAAAAUUAUUUUUGCAUAUACUGACAUUUUUAUUGUGUAUAUACAGAAAAGAUUGUAUCGGUACAGUAUUUGCAUUGGUAAUCUUUGUGUGUUUUUGAGGUAACAAGUUUUACAUGUCAUUGCAGUUUAAAUUUAAAUUUAAAAUUUUCAGUAUUGGUAAUUUAACAGAUCCCGAUGAUGUUCUCUUACUCUUGUUUAUAUAUUAGAAAGAAGGCUAUUUGGUAAGCUUGAAGGUGUUAUACUAAUGCUUAUCCAUGCAGCAACUUCCAGAUUCAUUUGGAUUCUGAAGUAGAAGAGGUUGGGCCAGCAGCCGCUGCACUUCACUAGGUUUAAAGCUUUAAGUAGCACAUGGCAUCUGGAAAAGUAAGACGCAGCAUUUUAAUACUGUUUAUUUAAUUCUGUGUGCAGCAUGUAGAUAUUUGUACAACUGUUAAAGAUGCUGUAUGAACAGAAUUGUUCCUAUGAAAUAUUUUAAAGGAAGUUUUAAUAUUUCCUUGUCUCAGGUGUAAUAGUAAAUAUUCAUAUUGUAUUUUACCAAAUGGAAUGAUCACAAAUUUCCUUCUAAAUACAUCCCUAUAGAUAUGACAGCAUAAAUCUGUUGUCCCUAUUUCUGGCUUUUCUAUGUUGUAUUAGUACAAGUUUUAAGUACAGGCAAAACCAUAUUUAAUUUCUGUAGAGAAUAACCUCACAUCGUUCUGCUCUGAUAGAUACUGCUUUUAGUCCUUGAAUUUUUAAGUACAUGUAUCUGUUUGUUGAGCCCUUCCAGCCUAGAGCACUUCCAACUUGCUUUCUUGUACAUAAAAUCAUGACCAAAUAUCAUUUAACAAACUUAGAACUUGUAUUAUAUAGUUACAUCUGUGUUUACAUGCUUUAUGAACAUUACUGGAAAAGUUCACACUACAAUUUUCCUAUUAACUGUGGAUAAAUUUUACCUAUCGAGUCAAUGCCAGGUAUAUCAAAUGCCCCCCUGUUCAGGCGUAAUCUAUAUCUGGAGAAAAACAUGGACAAUUGACAUUGCUGUAGGGAAAAAAUAAUCCUUAAUAUGCAAGCUGAAUAAAAUCAUCUGGAGUGGAGUGGAAAAAUCAAAUGUUCUUUUUUGAUUCAUUUCUUUAAGAAUUUUAGCAAUUGGUAUCCACAAGAUAUUUAGGGCAAAUGAACAACUAAAAAGCAACACAAAAAAAGUAAAUCGACUAAAUCCAUAUAAUUUAUCCAAUAUAGUUUAUUCAUUUUAUAAUUGUAAUUCUAUUAUGGAACAAUAGAAAUCUACUUAUUCAUCACAAUGGGUAUCGUUUAGAAUAGAACGAGGAUCUCUAAGGGGUCCAAAUGAGUUGUAGUUCCACCCAACCACCUUUCUGACAUUUCGUUGACUGGAUUUUGUUGGAAUACUUUGGAGCACUUGUCCGGCUGAGCAAACAACAAAUUUCGCAAUCAGUCUGAUUCACAAGGUGUCUUUUUCAACCGAUUUCCUAAUUGCAUACCAUAUCGUCAUCUAAGUAGUAGAAAUGACUCUCUUAAUUAAAUAGUACGUCAUUCAACAUCAGACAAAAUCCACACCAGAAAGUGAAGAUGCUCGUUAACUCAACAUUGAUUCUUCCACAAAAACUUGUUAUUUACAUAUUUUUUAAAAAUGACAUGAUUGCUGGAGAUUUUCUGUGAAGGCAUGCGUCGAUACAGAACUUGUACUGUAAAAUCCACAUGCUGAAUCCUUACCAGUGAUCAAAAAAAAAAGUUCUAAGAUGGUGCUAGUUGUGGAUAUUGAUCUCAAAGCUGUAACAAAUACUUUCUGAUUUAAAAUAUUACUGACUUUUGUGUUAGAAAAUAUACACCAGUACAAGAAAACUUACUUUAUUACAGUAAAUCUUACUAGUCGGGUAUAAAUUUCAUGCCAAAUUGUUGUUCUGUUAAUCUUUACUUUAUUGAUUAGAUACAUUAAUGAAGAAUGCAUUUUUUUAAAAAAACAUCAGUUUACUAAAUGUAGGGAAUAAAUUGUAUUGCUUCAGCAUAAGCUGCUAAUCCAUUCUAAACCAAGUUGAUGCUGUACAACAAAGGGGGAUAAACCAGAAACUAUUUAAGAAUGGAUGGAAGUUUAGAUUUAAAUUGCUGGUGCUUAAAUCAUUUUUGUCAUUUGUGAGUGUAUUUCAGUUUUCAAUUAGAAUUUGGUUAUUUAAUGCUUGAUUGUUAGGUUAUUCUGCUGUAGUCUGUACAUUCAUAGGUGACCUGACAGAUACGAAAGGGAUCUUAAAAUUGAUAUAUACCAAAUAACAAGGAUAACUAUGGCAGUAGUUAAAAUGAUAUUGGACCCAUUGCAAAUGUUCCCCACCAUUUAAGGACUGUUGCUAGUUGUAGUGAGUCAUUUGUUUGAGGUGAUAAUUGAUCCUCUGUUUCUGAGACAGCACAUGUGGACUAACUUUUGAAAGUGAAAAAAAAAAUCAAAUAUUGAGGUUUAUAUGGUUUGCCUUAACUUUUUUAUAAUCAUUCAUACAAACAAAAAAAAAAACACGUGCAUAGUUUCAAACAUCAGUGACAUCUGGGAACAGUUGAUCUGUUUGCCCGUGGCUUUGCUGUAUGUUGUUUCAUACCUAUUUGUUGUGUUCGGUCACCUCACCAGCUUACAGAGGGGAGAAAAAAAAACUAAUUUUCCACAGUUUGUUUACCAGAUUAGAGUCUGACAAAAUUGUGAUUAU